AUUUAGGCACCAAACAAACUUAAAAAAAGUAUUUUGGAAGGAUUUGGUUUUAAUUAUAAUUUUAGUGUUAAUGUAAUUACAGUAACAGGGUUGCAAAUCAGUGCUAAUGUCAGCAUUUUGGCUCCAAAGUACAUGCUAACUGUGUUAGCUGCUAUGCUAACUCAUCAAGAACAAAAUUUGCUGUACAAUAAAAAAAGGAAAAACGUAAUUUAAGUGUUUUUCAGAAGACAUAUGGGUGGAAAUAUUGAAUUGACAUGAAUGGUAGGAUGUUAUAUUUGAAAUGCAAGUUGCAAUACGGCUGGACAAGAGUAAAAUGCCAUUAGGAGGUGCUCAAGAGUAUUUUACUUUAAAUACAUAGGAAUCACUUUCCCGACGUAAUCAUCUUCACGACUUAUACUUAUUGUGUCAGGACAACUAAAAUUGUAAAAAGUGUAUGAUUCUAUAUUUUGUGAAGCCAACUAUUUAAAAUUCCCAGUUCCCGUUCUGGAAUGACCCUUAAAGAUAUUGCUUAUGUGUUCACACUGAGGAUAACAAAAAACAAAUUAAACCAUUAAAAAAUGGGUGACGGGUACAAUCCGAAGUGUCAGACAUGGUGUUGAAAGCGUGCUAGCACACACAAAAAGGAGGGGGUGGAUGUUGGAUGAUGAGGAGGGGGCUGGUGACAAAUUUCCAGCCGGUCCUCGUAUCAUGCAGGUGUCCUCGCUUGUGGAUGUGUGACACCUCGGCGACACGAGCGGACCGUUAAGUCGGCAAAGCGGAUCCGAUCCUAAAUAUUUGAUGAGGCUGCAAAUCCGAAAGAGGAAGGAUGUGCUCGUCUGGAUGAGAGACCCCCCGCAGCGGUGAAGACGCGCGGCAUCUGCUCGCUGCCAUCGACCGGAGCUCCGAAAUGGAGGCGGGGGAGGUUUGGGAGAGGAGGUUGAGGGGGGCGGAAUGACGAGAACCGAGCCACCUCGCCGGAACCGACUGCUCCAAUAUCAUUUUGAGGGGAUAAAGACGUUAUUUUGUGCACGCCAGCUCACCGACGUUCGCCGCUGCGUGUGUGGCGGAGCGUCCAUUGUGGACGUUUGCGUGUGUGCUACUGCAGAUGUGAGCUACAAGAAGGCCCUUUGCAUCUGGCUGCUGCAACAUGGACUGUUUGUUACAUCAAAUCGUUGUUGAUUACUGAACUGAUAGUCAAACCAUUUGUUAUACUGAUAGUUCCUCCUGACUUUGGGGGAGAAAGAGGCGGGAUCACCCUGGACUGAUUCGGCUUUCUGUCAAUCACCGGAGGAGCACCAGACAUUCACACCCGAGUGCUGUUUUAGGGGUUAAGUCGAAACGUGUAGUUUCAUAUAUGGAUGAAAAAAAAAAAGUUACAAUAUUUUGGGUGGAGAUGUGAGCUACAAAAGGCCUGUUGCAUUUGGAUGCUACACAAUGGACUCUUUACAUCCAAUAGUUUGUUGAACUGAUAUUCAAACAUCAUUUUUUUUUUAUGCUGCUGCUUCCUGCUGACUUUGGGUGAGAUGAGGAUGGAACACGCUGGACUGAUUAUCUGUCUAUCACAGGAGUGAAGACCACAUAUUCACACAUAAGUGGACCGAGUGAACAUUUUGUUAACAUUUGCGACAAGAUUUUUUGCACCUGGACCUCCAUGCUCCACCACGGACUAAUCGCAUAUCCAGUGGCUCUCCUUCAACUGAUAUUCGAACAUCAUUUUUUUAAUACUUCUAAUCACGAGGUCAAAGCUGGUUCUUGCUGAUUUUGAGAUCACCCAAGGCACACGGGAUCACCCAAGACUGACAGUCACAGGCAGGAAUAGCAGCAAGCGAGACCCUAAUUCACACCAAUUUUGUUUCCAUGGCAACAAUCAAGUAAAAAAAAGACUUUUUGUGGACAGACAUUGACGAAACUAUUCCCGUUCCCCCCCCCCCCCCCCCCCAAAAAAAAACAGAGUGAAAAUGCUGAAAUACGAAUGCCGAGCCUGGAGUUGGCGAGGUGACCUAUUUGAAACCUUCUUUUGAAUCCGUACUUGGAUGUUAGUUUUCCAGCAAUGCGAUUAUAAGCAGCAACACUGCAACAAUCAUCUAUUAUGGUUUUGUCUGGGACAUUUUUCGCCCAAUCGCAUGUCAACAUUUCCUCACAUGACCGUUUGCGCUGUUUGUACCGUAGCGAUAACGCAGUAGAUUUUGAAUGUUCCCAUUAUCAGGAUUGUUAUCAUGUAAGCCAACAGCCAUUUUCCUUGACCUGACUUGAACAACGGUGGCGUGAUUGCACCUUUCGGUCUUUGGUAAACCUAAUAUGUUUUUGGCCUGUGAGAGGAAGUGCUCGAUGUGCGCACAAAAUGCAAACUGAUGACCCAAAACGGUUCCAUCCCGGCAUCGAAUCCGUAAACUUUCUCCAGUAGCAUGGAAUUGAAAUGUAUCCCGUGUUAUUCACAAUGAACUAACGAGGCCAUAACAGGAUGCCGCCGGCAGGCAGAGAGACGCCAAUUAUGCCAAGCACUCAGGCACCCACCGUCGCCCCCAAUGUAACCGACGUUCCCCGGGAUUCCGGUUAUGACUUUCUCGGUGGAGAUCCGGUGUGGGACUCGGUGACCAACAGCGUUCUCAAGAUCACGCUCAUAUCCGUGAUCGUGUGCGUCUCCUUGUUCGGGAAUGUGGUGGUGCUGCUGGUUUUCCAAAGAAAGCCUCAGCUUCUGCACGUGGCCAACCGCUUUGUCCUCAACCUCCUGUUGGCUGAUCUUCUCCAGACGGUGUUGGUCAUGCCCUUUGCCAUCGCCGCCACCGUGCCGGGCGUUUGGCCUCUGGAUGCCAGACUGUGCCAGGCUUUGGUGGUGCUCAUGCAUCUUUUUGCGUUUGCCGGCGUCAACACUAUCAUCGUCGUCUCGGUGGAUCGCUACCUUGCUAUCAUCCACCCCUUGUCCUACCCCACCCGGAUGACCCCUCAUUUGGGCACGAACCUGAUCAUCUGCACUUGGGUGCUCAGCGUCCUCCAGAGCACGCCACCCCUGUACGGCUGGGGCGCCAUCGACUUCAACCACCAUCACAAGAUGUGCUCGGUGGUGUGGUCCUACAGCCUGUCCUACUCGGUUGUAGUCGCCACCUUCUCCUUCUGGCUCCCGGUUCUCGUCAUGCUCGGGUGCUAUUGGAUGGUAUUCCGUGCGGCUAGGAGACAGAACGCCCUGGUGCACCCGAUACAGACGCGAUCCUACUCCCAGCCCUGCCCUCAGGACUUUCCAGGACAGAUCAGCACGCCACCACAACAGGCGAGUUCACCGGACGGCCCCUCAUCGGCCAAUGGCUACCCCGCCCGUGUGAGGCACCGACGCUUCCACUACCACUGCAAGGCGGCGCGUGUCGUCUUUGUGAUCAUGGCGUCUUACAUCCUCAGCAUGGGACCCUACAGCGUACUCAACACCAUAUCCAUGAGCGCCAGAGAAGUCGUACCCGCCUGGUUGUCCUCUCUGGCUUUGGUGCUCUUCUUCCUGCAGUGCUGCUUGCACCCGUACAUCUACGGCUACAUGCACCGCAGUGUGAGGAAGGAAUUCCUCGCUUUGUUCUGCGGGAUAUUCUGCAAGCAGGGACAGAGCUCGGCAGCCGAGACCUGCCUCACCACGGCAGCGGAGGGCCGCACCGGGGCGCACUCUCACUUGCCGAGCCUGGCCGGCAGGGUCUUUCCAUUGCAGACUUGGGAGGAGUGCACCACGUCGUCUUCGCCCGCUUUCGAAAAGAGGUCGAGGGACAGCCGCAAGGAGACCACCACGACCAGUGUCAGCUCGGACCGGGAGCCCACCGUCCAUGGCAAACAGAGUACAUAAAGACGUGAAAUUUUGGAUGUAUCGAUCAAACUGUACACUGCUCCCAAAGAGUUAAGAAUAUUUGACUUUCAGGUGAAAUUUUAGGCUGAAAUUCAAAUGGAUGAUACUUAAUACCCCUCCUUCGCGGUCCCACUAGUUUUUUUAUACAGUUCAUAACUUUAUAUUGGGUGUAAGUCCAUUCUCACCCACUAGAUGGCGGCACAUUUAUUUAAUUUGAGAUGUAAAUUUGACAUGUGAAGAACAAAAGUAUUUCAGCACAGGCUAGUUUUUGUUGAAAAUUAUUGAAUGUAGUCCACGGAAAUCCUGAUUUUUAUGCCUACAGAAAUUGACUGUCGUACGUUUAUUUUAUAAUGCACAUUUUCGGGCACGAUUAUUGAUGUAGAUUGUGAGAUAAAUUUGCUCGUUUGGGAAAAAAAGAUUUGUUUAGUGUAAACCCAGAGGGAUUGAUAUAGUUACACGGUGCAAUAUUUUUUUUGUCAUCAUUGCUCUUGCUUUCUCUCUUAAUAUAUUUUAUGUUUUAAAAUGUGAUUAUUAUUUUGAAGGUGUAUAAAUGCUAUGAAAACAUGCAUCUAAAUAGGAUAUGUCUAUAUUGCGGAUUUCACUUAUUGCGGAGCAGGGUCUGGAACAUUACCCCACAUGGAGGGGCAGAAUUACUGUGUCAUUUUUACAAAGGUUGUGGUGCACCCAAAAUAUCCCUAACUUUUUUUGUGAGUUUAUUUGAGCUAACAUUUCACCGAUUAAAUUAUUGUUCGGGAUUCUUAUCCAUUAUUUAGGAGUAGCAUAAAUUGGCAGCCUUUACUUUUUUGAGGUGAAAACGUACAAAGACACCUUGGCGUUCAAUCAUUGGCUUGAUGUGGUACAGGACCUGCACCUUGAGAAACAGAAAUGGACUAUACUCCCAUUUUCUGAUCAAAGUCAGAAAAAAGGCCCCGAUUCUCUUGUGUUUCUGAAAGAUUAUCCUGAACGAUUAUGUGGUGCGGGUCAUUCAGUAUUAACAAUCGCAAAUGAUGAUGUAUGUAGGCAACAGCCAGAUCAUAGACUCCACAAAUGUGACGUAAAAUGGAAUAAUUGCCAAUAAGUAAUGGACCUGAAGCUUCAUUCUCAAAAUUAGUUAAAAUGUUCACAAUUUGGUGUGUGCAUAGACAUACAGUUCACCGUUUUAGAUUUAUUGUGGCUUAGGCCAAAUGUAAAUGUCUGCUGUUGUUUGGUAAAUUAUAUUGGAUGUUUGAAAUCUCAACAGACAUCCUGCUCGUCGAUCCGUCAUGGUUAAUAUUUAAGCGAGACCAAGUUUUGCCUCCAGCCAGUCGUCUCAGGGUGUGUUUUCGAGAGUGAUGUCUGUACGAGAGCUCAUGUUUGGAAUAAAUCUGGUUGAGCCAGUGAAGAAUUUCACUGCAUUGUAAUUCAAACAGGUUUUCAGAGUACCUUUUUACAAAUCUAGAGUGAUUCAUUGUGCAUGUCAAUCACACAAGGGACUUAUCGGCCGUAUAAUAAAGGUUUGUCAUAAUUCAUUUUCUUUCACU